AUGGCUCGCACUAAGCAAACCGCCCGCAAGUCCACUGGUGGCAAGGCCCCUCGCAAGCAGCUCGCUUCCAAGGCUGCCCGCAAGUCCGCCCCCUCUACCGGUGGUGUCAAGAAGCCUCACCGCUACAAGCCCGGUACCGUCGCUCUCCGUGAGAUUCGACGAUACCAGAAGUCCACUGAGCUUCUCAUCCGAAAGCUCCCCUUCCAGCGACUCGUCCGUGAGAUUGCCCAGGACUUCAAGUCUGAUCUCCGAUUCCAGUCCUCCGCCAUCGGUGCUCUCCAGGAGUCCGUCGAGUCUUACCUCGUCUCUCUCUUUGAGGACACCAACCUCUGUGCCAUCCACGCCAAGCGUGUCACUAUCCAGUCUAAGGACAUCCAGCUCGCUCGUCGCCUCCGAGGUGAGCGCAACUAA